CAUAACCACUUCUAACAAGGCAAUAAACCUUGCUUGUUCCAUGAGUAAACCCAAGUCUCCCUUUGUUCUCACUCAAAGAACCAACCCCAAAAACCAUUUGUACUAAACCAAAAUCUCAUCCUCUCUUCUCCAAAUCCCAAAUCUUCCAAAGAUGGCCACUAUGCAACCCCAAGUACAGCAAGUUCCUCAGCCUCAACAACAGCAGCAACAACCCGUUUUGGUUUAUCCAGUCACAAAUCAGCCGACGCAUGAGUCCACCCACCAUUCAAGUGGGUCAUUUGGGACAGUCUUCAUUGUCUUGGCCGUGAUUGUGGUCAUAUCAGCUAUUGCUUGCUGUCUUGGCAGGCUUUGCAAUCGUAAAGCCCAUAGUCAUAGCCAUACCCAAAAGCCCAGUAAGUCUCAAAAAUCUCGACCCAAAGGAGGCGAGCCUGAUCCCCGAAAUCGGAGCUUUCGGCCCAAAGAAGGAGACAUAGAGUUCGGGAAUCCACAUUUUCAGUCCAAACAAGGUGAUAUUGAGUUUGGUAAAAGUAGCUUUGGGCCCAAAGAAGGGUUCGUUGAAACGUUCGGAAACCGUAGCUUUCGGUCCAAAGAUGGGGACAGAGAUACCGAGUUUGGGAAUCCACAUUUUCAGCCCAAACAUGGAGAUCCUGAGUUUGGUAAGAAUAGCUAUGGGCCUGGUCCUGGGCCUGGGCCUAGGCCAGGGUCCAGAGAAGGCUAUGUUGAAACGUUCGGGAACCGUAGCUCCCGGCCCAAAGAUGGGGAUUUCGAGUUUGGGUUCGAUAAGAGAACUCCGAGCCAUGGAAAACCAAAUGGGAACAGAGACAGUGGCAGAGGCCACAAGCCGUACGAACAUGGGGAUAAGAAGCACCAUGGCCAUGGUGAUGGAGGGCAUAUGGACCCAUAAAUAUAUAUAUAUGCUCCACAUUGAUCAACUCUUUAGGAUUAGUUGGCUGGAUUAAUAUCUCAAAAUCCCUGUCUUUUAUUCUUUAUUAUUACUUUUAAUUUUCUUUAUGUGGCCAAAAGAAGUUCAUUUCUGUGUUUUUAGAUUGAAACUAAACGUGCUAUGUAAGUAUCAAUUGUUAACGAUAUGUUUCCGUGAACCACAAAGAUAUUGAAAUAACAUAAAUGUUUAGUAAAAAGACAUUAUUAUAAA